AUGGCUCCCCUAACUCCUCACUGGCAGCAGCCCUCCCACCCCGACAUUCAAGAAGUCGUCAUCGUUAACGAGACCGAAUUCACUACUAAGAGCCUCUCGCGCGUUGCUCUUCCACCUUUUGCCCUCUUUGCGCGCCUCGACUUUCCGCCAUGCACGGAAGCCGCGGAGCCAACGUAUGCUACGGUGCAAAUGGGACGCAAUAGGCAUCUCAAUCUCAACAGUGAUCUGCUGUACAUUAACCACUCUUGUGAACCGUCCCUUAUUUUUGACACUGGUAACAAGAUUAUCAUUGCUGGACCCAACGGCCUCCAACCUGGCGAUGAACUUACUUUCUUCUACCCCUCUACGGAAUGGGAAAUGGCGCAGCCCUUCCAGUGUCUCUGCGGCACACCCACCUGCCGGGGCACCAUUGACGGCGCCAAGAAGAUGACGUCGGCCCAGCUCGACGGCCUCUGGCUGGCCAAGCACAUUCGUGAGCUGCGCGCCGAGCAAGCCAGCGGCUCUCUGCCCGCAACCCCAGCCUCUUCCUCCGACCCGACGGCAUAUGCCCUGCAACAAGCUAUUGACCAGGCAGAGAAAGUGGUCGAGGCUGCGCGCUCCGCCCUCUUGUCGUAUACCAGCACUGCUACCGGCAGCAACAAGUUCCUCAGCAAUAGCGCCGACGAUGUGAAAGGCAAUGGCGCGGGUCGGCGCGCCGGCCCGACCUCGCGCGAACUGAGCGGGGAAAUGGGCGGCGACACGGCGAUUCGCGUGUAA